CCUUGGGGAGAAUUAAGGAAUCAUUACAAUUCUAUCAGAAAAUCUUUUUUUUUUGAAUGCAAUUUCUCUUCCUUUAAUCACUCAUUUUGUCUGAUUUUGUCCAAUGGAAGUUUAUGUUGACGAUGAGGCUAAACUUACACUUCACGGUCUUCAACAAUAUUAUGUUCGUCUGAAGGAAAAUGAAAAGAACAGGAAAUUGUUGGAUUUGCUUGAUGCUUUGGAAUUUAAUCAGGUUGUCAUCUUUGUGCGUUCCGUCACCCGUUGCCGAGCUUUGAAUCAACUCCUCAUUGAACAAAACUUUCCUUCCAUCGCCAUUCAUCGUUCAAUGCCGCAGGAUGAACGUCUUGGCCGUUAUCAACAAUUUAAAGAUUUUCAGAAGAGAAUUCUUGUUGCGACUAAUUUGUUUGGACGUGGAAUGGAUAUUGAGCGUGUCAACAUUGUUUUCAAUUAUGACAUGCCUGAAGAUACUGAUACAUAUUUGCAUAGAGUUGCUCGUGCUGGACGUUUUGGUACAAAAGGACUUGCUAUCACAUUUGUUUCAGACGAGGCUGAUGCAAAUACAUUGAACAGUGUACAAGAUCGUUUUGAUGUGACAAUUGCAGAGCUUCCAGAACAGAUUGACGUUGGAAGUUAUAUUGAAACUCGAUCUGGAAACAACACCAACAAAAAUGGAACGGAAUAA